CGGGAGGGGACACAUGCCAUGACCCUCCUCUGUGGACGUCAGAGGACAACUUUGGGAAUUGGUUUUCUCCUUCUAUGAUGUGGGUCCUGGAGAUUACACUCAGACUGUCAGGUGUAAGAACACACUGAGCCAGUUUUCAAGGCCCGCAUCCUUCCUCUUGGAGCAUUCGGGAAGGCUAAAACAGGACAACUGCUGAGUUGGAACCAAAGUGUCUACACACUGGACUUUAAGCCAGCUGGGGGUUACAUAGCCAAACCCUUUUGUAGAAUAAUUACAUAACUCUCAACAUUCUCUUGAGGUAAGAUGUCAUAUCUGGAAAAAUUGUCCAAAGCUUAUAAAUAAGCAGAGGAAGAUUGCUAAGACUUUGUUUACUGUAUUGCCAGGGUACACCUCUGGUUUAUUUUAUUAUUAUUAUUAUUAUUAUUAUUUUUUUUUUUUUUUUUUUUUUUUGGUUUUUUUCGGAGCUGGGGACCGAACCCAGGGCCUUGCACUUCCUAGGCAAGCGCUCUACCACUGAGCUAAAUCCCCAACCCCCACCUCUGGUUUAUUUUAUAUUGACGAGGCUAUCUUACGUACUUUUGUUCUUUCAAAAGAUUCAUGGGUGUGAAUGUUUUGCUUGCAUGUAUGUAUGUAUGUUUAUAAGCCGUGCAAGUGCCUGAUAACUGCAGAUGUCAGAAGGCCUCACAUCUAGAACUGGAAUUAAAGAUGGUCGUGAGACUGAAGACUGAGCCUGAGCCCUCUGCAAGGGCAACAAGUGCUCUUAGCCAUGGAGUCAUCUCCCCAGCCCAUAUUUGAUGUCUUUGCAGGAACUGAACUUAUACAGAGCUGAUGGCACUGUAAUUAUUCUUACCCAUGGAAAUGUUAAUGAAUUCUGCCCAGGAAAGAUGGAUUUAUGCCAGGUCUGGCAUGGCCUCGGUAGAGACAGAAUGAUGGUUCCUGCCCCUAGGUCCAUCCAGGCCAGCAGGUGAGGCCUCCACAAGUGUUGAUGGUUGCUAUGGACGCAAGGCUCGUUUGCAUAAUACUGUGUGUACUUUACAUUCUUCUCUCAAGGAAUGUCCUCUCUGUUAACUGGAGGCAGUGGGUGUCCUGGAGGUGAAGGUGUGUCUAACACCUCAGCAAAAUGAUAAAUGCUGGGACCAGCAGGACAGCCCUUAAGGCUGUGGGAAAAACUCUAAAAACAUGGGUUCAAAAAUAAAUAAUUUCUGGGGUUGGGGAUUUAGCUCAGCGGUAGAGCGCUUGCCUAGCGAGCGCAAGGCCCUGGGUUCGGUCCCCAGCCCCGGAAAAAAAAAAAAAAAAAAAAAAAAAGAAAUGUUUAAAAAUAAAUAAUUUCGGGCUGGGGAUUUAGCUCAGUGGUAGAGUGCUUACCUAGGAAGCGCAAGGCCCUGGGUUCGGUCCCCAGCUCCGAAAAAAAGAAACAAAAAAAUAAAUAAAUAAAUAAAUAAUUUCUCAAAAAAUAAGGAUGCAAUAUGAAUUAUUUGAGGGGGCUUCACAAAUCUAAAGGAACAAAGGCAUUAAUGAGUCAGUUUGUCAGAAAGAUACAAAGGCAGGCAGAUUCCUGGGACACAACAAAUCCUGGCCAAGGCUUGGUAGAAAUGGUAAUUUCAAAAGUCAGGUCCCACCCCACUAUUUUAUCAUCUGUGCUUAACAGAGGCUGGCAAAUCUCUUUUGCAAUGUUUAAAAAAAAAAAAAGGGCUUGGGGCUGAAGUGACUGCUCAGCUGUUAAGAACUCCUGCUCUUCCAGAGGUCCUGAGUUCAAAUCCCAGCAGUCGCAUGGUGGCUCACAACCAUUUGGAAUGGGAUCUGAUGCCCUCUUCUGGUGUGUCUGAAGACAGUGACAGUGUGUUCAUACACAUAAAAAAAAUGUGCUUGUUUCUUAAGAAAAGAUAUCUAAUUUCUCCUAUUUUGUGGAUAAUUACUUAACCAGCAACCGGCAACCCAUCCUGCCUCUUGGGGCCCUAACAUUUCUAUACCCUCUGAAAAGUCCCCAAAAUUCCAAAUAUCACACAAUCACAGAAAUUAUCUGCUACUGGCAAAAAUCACACCCCUGCUAGAGCUCAAAGCAAAUCAUAGCUUCUGUGGACAAUCUGAAACAGCCCCUCCAUAUCCCACACUGGGGAUUAAAAUAAGAAUAUAUUCCCAUAUUCCUGUGUUUUUCAAAGAAACCAAAAUUCUCACUAUGUUCCUCUGAUUACAUUAACAACAACGACAACAACAAAAGAGACAGUAUUUUACUAUACAUCCCUAGCUGGCCUUGAACUCUGCAGAACAGGUUGGUCUAACUAAGAGAUCCACCUGACUCAGACUCCGAGAGUGCAGGGAUUAAAGAUGUGAGCCAUUGGCUGCAAAGGGGAUAGGAACUCCACAGGAAGACCAACACAGUAAACUAACCUAGACCCUUGGGGCUCUCAGAGACUGAACCACCAAGCAAAGAACAUUCACGGGCUGGACCUAGGCCUCCCCACACAUAUGUAGAAAAUGUGACCCCCCCUAAUCAGCAGAAAGUAGUCUAAUGAUAACAUGGCCCCCCUUUCCUUUCUAUCCUUUUUCCCAAACAGUUGGAGCAGAGACUGUCUCAAAAGCUUGUCUGUGGGAUAUGUUCAUCCAGCUGGGCUGCCUUGUCUGCCCUCAGUGGGAGAGGCCACACCUAGUCACUGCAGAGACUUGACGUGCCGGGGUGUGGUGGGGUGGGGGGAUGGGGGGAUUGUGGGAGGGAGAGAUCGGUAAGGGGCAGCAAUUGAGAUGAAAGUGAGUAAAUAAAACAAAAGGACAUGAGUGAUCAUGGCCUCAUUUGCUCACUAAAAUUUUGAAACUCAAAUUCUCACUUAUUUUCUUUUUUUUUUUUUUUUUUUUUGGAGCUGGGGACCGAACCCAGGACCUUGCGCUUGCUAGGCAAGCGCUCUACCACUGAGCUAAAUCCCCAACCCCUAUUUUCAUUAUUUAAGAUAAUGAUAUGUGUGCGGCUUGGAUGAUGAACACAAUUUUUGGCAAGUGCUCAUUUUAUGAGUUACAUUUUGGGCACACAACCUUUAAUCCCUGUGCUUGGGAGAUGGAGGCAGGCAGGUAUAAUUUCCAGGCUAGCUCGGUCUAUAUAGAGAGUUAGAGGUCAGACUCGGCUAUGCAGUGAGAUCCCGUCUCAAAAAAAAAGAAAGAAAGAAAGAAAAAGAAAAAAAGUGUGUGGUAUAUGUCUGUGUAUGUUCACGCAUAUGUGCAUAUGGAAAGUCAGUACAUGUCUUCAGAUGGUCUCAUGGAAUCUGAAACUCACCAAUUCCAAAGAGUUGGCUGGCCUAACAAGUUCCAGAGAUCUGCUUGACAUUUUAACAUUUUAAAAAUUAUGAGUUGGGGUUGGGGAUUUAGCUCAGCGGUAGAGCACUUGCCUAGCGAGCGCAAGGCCCUGGGUUCGGUCCCCAGCUCCGAAAAAAAGAAAAAAAAUUAUGAGUUGACUGACUAUAAUAUAUUCUGGGAGACAAUACAUUAUAAGAAUAAAAGUAAGGCUACAGAAAAGCUGUUAAAACUUGAGAUAUGGGGUUGGGGAUUUAGCUCAGUGGUAGAGUGCUUGCCUAGCAAGCGCAAGGCCCUGGGUUCGGUCCCCAGCUCCGAAAAAAAGAAAAAAAAAACUUGAGAUAUAACACAUAUUAAUUUGUCUUUGGUUUUUCUGAGAUUAAGUCUCCUGUGGCCCAGGUUUGCCUCCAACUCUCUUUUACUUCAUUUGCCAACAGCUAGGAUUACAGGUGUCCUCCACCAGCCACACCCAGCGGUAUUUUAUAAAAAAACAAAACAAAACCUUGGGAUGGAGCUGUUGGGGAUUGAACCCAGAGUUUCACAUAUGUCCUAUGCUACUUUAGGUAAGGCCGAUGCGUUCUACAAUUCUAUCAAUUACUGAAGUCCUCUCUGUUCUCACUGCCAGUACACUAAUCCAAACCAUCAUCUCUCUCAUCUUCCUUUUCUUAUUCUUACCUACCUAGACCAUCUUUCUUUGUGUCUUGUCUGUCUCUCGCUGUCUCACUAGUAACGCUUGCUGUCCUGUAGCUAGGAAAACUAGGUUUGGCUUGGAACUCAGAGAGUUCGCCCGCUUCUGCCUUCCAAGGGCUGGAAUAAGACAUAUGCCACUGUGCUCAGCCAGACGAUUAUUUCAAAAAAUAGUGAUCACCCCUUUCUCUUCUUGGAUCCUGAGUGAUGGAAUCAAUUUGAGAGUCUAAGAAAGAACACAAAAGUAGGUACCGAGUCUUGAAAAGGACCGUUAAAAGUCAGAUCUUGAAACAAAUUUCUAUGGCUUUCUUGCAAUUCCACUUCAGUCUUCGGUAUGGUCUAAUUUCGUUCUACCUUGGCAUCUUUCUUCAUGCAGUUUGAGCCCAGAAGGCCUUUCCUGCACCUCCUAGGAGCCUCUUUAGAUGCUCUAGCAAGGCCAGCCACUGCUUCGGGUGAGCCCGGUACUCUCUGGUGGGCGGGGUGUGAAGGCAAGCGAAACUCUAGGGGCGUGGCAAGCCUAACCCCGCCCCCUUUGCCGCUGUUAUUCUAAGCAGCUCUCAAUUCUCCCCGGAACCCGCGAGAGUGCAGCUACUAUUUCAGUCGGAGUUAUUGGCGUUGCUAGCUGACAUGGCUGCGCCCGUAUUAAGAGGUGUUCGAAAGCUGCUGAAGCUCGCGGACUUCACGCCAGUCCCGCGGAGACAUCGAUAUAAGAAGAAAUGGUGUUGGCAGCCUGGGUCUCAUGGACUACUACCUGAUGGAUGCCGCCUCCUUGCUACCUGUGCUGGCUCUUGGUCUGCAGCAUGGAGACAUUGUGCUUGACCUGUGUGCCGCUCCUGGGGGAAAAACACUGGCCCUACUUCAGACGGGCUGUUGCCGUAACCUAGCUGCCAACGAUCUCUCUACCUCCCGAACAGGCAGACUACAGAAGGUCCUUCACAGUUAUGUGCCUCAAGAUAUUAGGAAAGGGAACCACAUUCGAGUUACCUCAUGGGAUGGCAGGAAGUGGGGAGAGCUGGAGGGGGACACCUAUGAUAAGGUGUUAGUAGAUGUGCCGUGUACCACGGACCGCCACUCCCUUCAUGAGGACGAGAACAACAUCUUUCAGCGGUCAAGGAAGAAGGAGCGACAGAUGUUGCCUAUGCUGCAGGUGCAGCUUCUUGGGGCUGGACUCCUUGCCACCAAGCCCGGAGGUCACGUUGUCUAUUCCACUUGUUCACUGUCACACUUACAGAAUGAGUAUGUGGUGCAGGGUGCCAUCGAGCUUCUGGCCAAUCAAUACAACAUCAAGGUUCAAGUGGAAGACCUGUCUCACUUCCGAAAGCUUUUCAUGGACACAUUCUGUUUCCUCCCAUCCUGCCAGGUUGGGGAGCUGGUAAUACCAAACCUCAUGGCCAAUUUUGGACCUAUGUACUUCUGCAAAUUGCACAGGGUGCCAUAGUGUCACCCCAUCCCUGAAGUAGGAAGGUGAUGACUCCAUCAGAGGCAUUGUAACAGGCUGGCGGCAGGUGUGUCCCAGGCCUGUCUCCAUCCAUUACAUCUAAAGAUCGCUGUACACGGCAGUGGGUAGGGACCGCUGCCCAGCUGAGUUAGCAGCAGGCUUCUAACUCAUACUCUCACUUCUAGCUUUUAGCCUCUACUAAGGCCCCAGCUUCAGUACGGAUUAAGACAGACCCUGUGAAUAAGCCCAUAGUUCAAGCUGUAAACUGGGGAAGAAACAUUUAGCCAAUAAAGUUGUUGAAGUGCUCAAAGGGCGGGGCUGCAGUUGGGAACAUCACAUCAGUCUAAGUUCUGUUACGUUUGUGUCAGCUGAAGCUGCCAGGCACGCUCUCCAAAGUGCCCAACUGAGGCCUCCAGUCCUCCCACAUGGUGAGUUCCAUUUAAUCAGCCCACAGGCCUACCAGCCUCCUCAAGCGUCUCCAUAUGGCACAUAGUCUAAUUUAAGUCUAAGUAACUGAAAUGGUUGAGCCUGUGGCUGAUGAUCCUCUUACAGUGAGGAAGCUUUCCUAAGCUGAAUGCUUCUGGCUCUCCUUCAGAUGCGGCUGCAAAAGCUGCUUCUGGUACAGGUUGCUUUUGUAUGUUUCUUCCUUUAUUUCUUCAUGUAACAGUGGGUGUUCUGUGAAUUCCCGUAUGACAGCUACGGAGCUGUUACAGAGAUGAUUGGGACUAUGGGGAAUAGUUGGGUUUCCUCAUCUUCAGAAUGGCAACCUACUUCCUUUCACUUUCCAAGUACCUAGGAAUUUCCUGACAUUUUAUUUCAAAUGUCUUGUUUUUCUUUCUAGUCUGUGGUCCAGCUCUGGCGCCUGCUUUGGCCCAUCUCCAAAUCCUUCAGAGUUCUUCCGCAGAGCAGGCCUUUACCCCACACACAGUGUUUUGGGGCGACCUUACAUAAGGUGCUGACUUGCAUGCUGAUUGUUUUGUAACACUUGUCAAAACAAAGCAACUUUUAGUGCCAGGAAGUAGUAAACAUUGCUUAUGGUCAA